AUGCCACGCUCUCCAGUGGAGAGCAGCUCGCUGGACACGUCGGAGCGCUCGAGCAGCCUGCCUAGCCUGGAUAGUUCUGACAUAGCGGACAGUGAGCACGAUGAGGACAAUGAUCAACAUAUGGCUUCUCCUGCCAGCGAUGAUGAUGCUCCAUCAGGCCCUGCUAUCUACCCCGCCUGGACUCCGCCGGAGGAACUGCAACGGGAGCAUCACUUUGCUCUCAAAAGGCAAUCUUUCCAAACUGUCCUGGUGCGACAGCUCUGUGCCGAAUAUCUGGACCGGGUCUUCAAGUCUACCAUGCCAAUCCGGCAGGCAGCGGCUAGACUCCGAGAGUUUUGGCGCAAGCACGAGAACGACCCCACCGACCACAUGCUGGAGUCAGUGGGGGGCUUUCUCCCACCGGAGCAGAAGACGGAACUGGAAGGCUUGGUUGCAGCGCUCUGCACCCGGCUGGCUGAGGAGAUCCCGCCCAACGAUGUGGCAUGGAUUUACUCGCAGGAUCCGGGCCAGCUGCCCUCGCGAGCCCUCCUCUGCCAGGCCAUGCAAAGAGCUAUCUAUGCAAGCCUCAGGACGGCCAUGGGUGACGACUCUGCUAAAUUGGUGGCGGAAAAAUCCACCGCCCUGGCGGACAACACUUUUUACCGGCCAGCCCUCCGGCUGCUCUGGCCACUGCUUACGAAUGAGCGCAGAUUUUAUAUACAGCGCUGGCUCUUCAAGUACCAAACUGGAACUUCCGCUGCCCCUUCCUCGUCCUCGGCCGCGCAGAUGGAUUGA